AUGAAUUUUUUGAUAAUUUUUAUUCUUGAGGGAUUGCUUCAGUUUUCAAAAUCACAAUGGCAAUCUUAUGUGAAUUACUUAACCAAAAAUACAAAAUUUAGUUAUGACCAAGGGAAAGAUUUCUAUGAGCAUACUGGAAAUUUUCUAAUUUCUUCAAACUAAUCAACUGCUAAUUUUAUCACUUGUACAAGCCCUGAAACAAGUUACAUAACUCUAAACCAAAUCUAUCCAUCUGCUCAACAUUAUUUUAGUACUUCGAUCGUGAAUGAGUAGUGGAUAUUAAUGGAUUUAUUUUUUCAUGGUACAUGGCUAUCUGAAAAUGUUGAAUUUAGAAUAGGAUAAUUUUCAUACUCAUACUCCUAUACAUCGCCUACGACAUAUCCAAUGAAAAUAGGAUUUUGUGAUAGCAUUCCAUUUGAAGUUAAAACUUUAAACUUUUCAAUAUCACAAACUGUUGGCCGUAUGAAUUUUACAUCUUCUAAUUAAAAUUAAGGCUUUGUUUCUCUUAGAAAUAUUUUCAUUUAUACAUUCAAAUGCUAUCCAUCAUGUAUAUCAUGCACAGGUCCAAAAUAAAAUGAAUGCACAAGAUGUUAUUAUGGGCUUCCAACAAAUAAUAUUUGCCCACCUUGUCCAAUUAAUUAAUACUAGUCGAAGUACUAGACAUGCAGAGAUAUUUGUGAUAUAGAUUCUCCGUUAUAUUCCAAUGGGUUUUGUAAAUAAUAUCCAAUUAACUUAAUAGAAGCUGGUGAUGUUGAUUACGAUGUUGCUUCCACUGAUAAUUUGAGAUGGAACAUAAAAUACGAUGAAAAGCAUCUAGAUCUAUCUCCAACUCCUACCUAAAAAUACCCAGAAUUUUAUGGAACAUUUAAGUUUAAUUCUGGUAUCUAUAGAUAUUUCAAUAAAUUGUCUACUUAUAUAUAUUCAACCUAUUUAGUUGGAUUCAAAAUAGAUUUUAUUACCUUCAAUGAUAUUCCAAUGAAUUGUGGAAUAUAGUUUAAGAUUAAUAAUACAUAUUAUGGAUCUAUUUAUAGAAAUGCAUCUGGAAUUCAAACUCAUAGAUUCAAAAUCUUUGAUAGCUAUGAAUAGAGUUCAUUUUAUAACCAGAGUAUGAGAUAUCAUUUAAUUGCCUAUUUCGACAUUCCUAAGUAUUCGGUUCUAUUUUCUGCAAUUGGAAAUUAUACAGAUGACACUGCAGGAUGGGGAAUAAUUUUACUCAAAAUUACCUCAGGAUAUUGCCCUAGCUAUUGUUUAUUGUGCGAG